AUGCUGGCCACACGACCCACUCUCGCACUUAGCCGGACCCUCGUUCGCCUGGCCGCGACCCCGUCCCCCUCUCUCGCUUCGACCAGCACCUUCGCCGCGCGCGUCAAGAAGUCGACCAACAUCACCGGCCUCGACGUCUCCACCUCGCCCUUGGCCGAACUCGAAUCGCGCUACCAAAAGACCCUCUCCCUCCUCACCACGCUGCCUGAAGCUUCGGUCUAUAGGCAGGCAACCAGCGCACUGACCCAACAGAGACUCGCCAUCGUCACCAAGUACGUCGGCGAAGCAAACGCCGUCAAGAGCCAACCCGAGCAGAUCGAGGGGAUCUACGAGCAAGCGGAGGCCGAGCUGGACGCAGGCCAGUUGGAACAGGUCUUGGAACAGGCCCAGGCGGAAUAUAGACUCGCGGCCAAGAUGGUCGAUUGGAAGGCUUGGGAGCCACUCGAACACCCGCCCGCCCCCGGCCAGUGGAGCUACUUCAGCAUGGCCGAGGAGGCCGGCGAGGGUGGUGAGGACCAGAAUGUUGGCGGUGGCAAGCAGUAG